CAUGAAUUUCCUAUCAGUGAGCAGUUGUUGCCUCUUGUUGUUGAUUUAUGUGUUGCAGUGCACUGGUAUUGAAGGGCAGCGGUCGCGCACAUCAUUUGGAUCCCUAUCCCCGGUAUCAACAUUUGGCACAAAUGUCCAAAAAAUAACAUUUGGUGCAAUUCUACCGAAAACUUCUUUAAUUACAUUACAAAGACAAUAUUAUAAGCGCCUUCAGGAUGCGGUCGAGUCAUUGAUGAAGAACCGACAGGCAAAGUAUAACUUCACUAAUUACUAUCGUAUAGCACAGGCGCAAGUGGUACUCCUGCCACUGGCACCCAGUCCUACUGAAAUAUUGUCGACUCUUUGCAAUCAGCUAUUAGUCAAAGACAUUACGACCAUAUUAUAUAUGACUAAUUCGGAAAUAUGGGGCAGUAAUGCCGCGUCUGCCCAAUACCUCAUGCAAUUGACCGCUUAUAUCGGAAUACCAGUCAUUGCAUGGAAUGCCGACAAUAUAGGCUUAGAUCAGCGAAUGGUAGACUCGCGUGUCCUCCAACUCGCGCCGUCCGUUGAACAUCAGGUCUCAGCAAUGCUUAGUAUUUUGCGGCGCUAUUCGUGGCACGUCUUCUCUAUAGUGACCACUGAUAUCGGCGGAUACGACCACUUCAUCCAAGCAGUCAGAGAUCAAGUUCUCUUAAUCGAUGACUUUCGGUUUAAUAUUCUCGAUAUUUAUUUGAUUAAGAAAAACGACAGAAAUGAGAUCAGGGAUGAACUCCAAGCACUGGCAGUAAGUGAGGCUCGGGUUAUACUAUUGUAUUCAACUAAAGAAGAGGCACAGGAAAUAUUGGCCGCCGCGGAGUAUCUGAAAAUGACGGGAAAGAACUACAUGUGGAUCGUCACACAAAGUGUCUUAGGAGGCGGUGCUGACUACGCACCCGGAGAAUUCCCACCGGGAAUGUUGGGCGUUCAUUUCAAUACAACACACCAGCGAUUGUUGGAUGAAAUAGAGAGAGCCGUUACUAUCUUUGGUCACGGAUUAGAGCUGUUUGUAAACGACGCUAAAAAUCUUAAUUUAAGUCUUUCACCAAAUUUGUCGUGCAAUGGAUCAGCUGAGACACGUUGGACACGAGGAGACAUAUUUUUCAAUUACCUACGAAACAUUAGCCUAAAAACAAAGUACGGCAGACCUAACCUCGAGUUUAAUGCCGACGGAACCCUUAAAUAUGUUGAGUUAGAUGUCAUGAAUCUUAAUAACAUAGGGAUGUGGGAUAAGAUUGGCACAUGGACUGAUCAGGGAAUUGAAAUUAAAGACAUCACAUGGCCGGGCAACUCACCGGUGGCACCGAUGGGAGUACCAGAAAAGUUUAGUUUGAAGGUGUCGUUUCUUCAGGAGCCGCCAUUUAUAAACUUAGUUCCGCCCAAUAACGAGACCGGAGAGUGUGCGGUCAGUCGUGCCGUUCGGUGCAAAAUAACUGAACCGUACGUAAUUGGUGAUAACAAGAGCUCGACCGGCACUCGUAUCCGGUAUGGCUGUUGCGCCGGAUUUUGCAUCGAUUUAUUACAGAAAUUUGCCGAUGACUUGAAAUUUUCAUAUGAAUUGAAUCGCGUUGAAGACGGCAAUUGGGGGGUUCUUAUUAACGGCACUUGGAAUGGACUGAUAGCCGAUCUAUUGAAUCAUAGGUCAGAUAUGGUGGUGACGUCCAUCAAAAUCAAUUCAGACAGACAGGCAUUUGUUGACUUUACGGUUCCCUUUCUGGAGACGGGUAUAGCUAUAGUAGUGGCCAAACGAACCGGAAUCAUAUCUCCGAAAGCCUUUCUCGAACCGUUUGAUACGAUUUCAUGGAUAAUGAUUUUACUGAUCAGUAUUCAAGUGGCAGCUUUUGCUAUAUUUCUGUUUGAAUGGUUGAGUCCAUCCGGUUAUGACAUGACUCUCGUCCCUCCCAGAGACCAUAAAUUUUCAUUAUUCCGAACCUAUUGGUUGGUUUGGGCUAUUCUUUUUGGAGCCGCUGUUCACGUGGAUAUACCUAAAGGAUAUACAGCCAGAUUUAUGGCUAACACAUGGGCUACAUUUGCAGUCGUGUUUUUAGCCAUAUAUACGGCUAAUUUGGCUGCUUUUAUGAUUACACGCGAAGAGUAUCACGAUUUUUCGGGUCUCGAAGACCGCAAACUACAGAACCCCCGACUCCAUGAUCCGCCCCUUAAGUUCGGUACACUUCCUUACGGUAAUACAGAAGCUGUGCUCAAACGAAACAAACCCCGAAUGCAUGCAUAUAUGGCUCCCUUUAAUAAGUCGACUCCAAUUGAAGGCGUGAAUGCCGUCAAAAAAGGUGAAUUGGAUGCCUGGAUCUAUGAUGCCGUAGUAUUGGAUCAUUUGGUUGGAGAGGACAGUGAGUGUGGACUGUUGACAGUUGGCAGUUGGUAUGCUAUGACAGGGUAUGGCUUUGCAAUGCCUAAAAACUCAAAAUAUUUGGAAAAAUUCAAUAAAAAGAUGAUUGAAUACAGAGAAUCGGGUGACUUAGAGAGGCUCAGGAGGUUCUGGUUUCAGGGCGCCUGUAAAUCACAGAAAAAUAAACGAAAUAUAAGUAAACCAUUGGAUGUCAAUCAAUUCAUGAGUGCUUUCCUAUUACUCGGUUGCGGAAUAUUAUUGACAGUAGUUUUAUUAGCAUUAGAGCACUUGUACUUUAGGUAUUGCCGACAGCAUCUGGCAAAAACUGAUAGGGAUGGCUGCUUUACAUUAGUCAGCUUGAGUAUGGCCCGAUCGUUGAGAUUUCAUCACAAUGACCGCAGAUAUCUAUACAACCACUGCAAUGAUCCCAUGUGUCAAAUAAAACGACGACAAACUCUACAAGAAGUAGAUCUAACAAAAUCUAAAUUAAGACAACUUCAAAGUGAUAAUACAUUUAAAGAAUUUGAUCCUAAAUUUAGACAAUUUUCUCGCACUAAUAAUACUCCCAAUGAGACAAUUAUACGAACCAGAGAUAUGACCAAAAGUAUUACGACAACCAAUGAUCCGACGGCUAUAAUGACACACAAAAUAGCAAAUCCCGGCGCCGUCUCUGAGUUUGARACAGUGCUCUGAUUGAUAUAACAUUUCUUAUUAUUAUACGAUUAUUAAUUAAUUAUUAACACUAACAUUAUAUACUGUAUUAGAGA